GUAGUUUGCAGUUGAUAUUCUGGGUGACAUGACGUUUUCAUUAGAAUAGAAAUUAAUUAAAUUACAAAAAUUAAUAAGUAAUUAGCAAAUCUAAAACGGAAACCGGAAGUGUUGUCUUAAAAAAAAAAACUAAUAAACAACUAAAAAAUAUUAACUCUAAACAAACAACAUGGAUUCGCGAAUAUUAACGUUACUGGUGUUUUUAUUUAUGACCACAUUUUGCCUAGAUUUUACACAAUCUUGGAUGAAAUUCAACAGUUUUACAUCUAAAAAACGUACAGAUUUGAAAAAAAGGUGUCCUAAUGUACGUGCUCAACGUAAUUUCGAUUUGGAAGCCAUGAUGGGCUGUUGGUAUGUGGUGCAGUAUUAUGCAUCAACGGAAGAAUUACCAGAAUACGCCUGCAUGCGUAGUCACUUUACAUUCACCAGUAAUGAUCAGCAUAUCACCAUGAACUUUACUUACAUCUAUGCCGAAGAUCCAUUAAGAGAAAAACUACAGGGGAAUAUUACAUGGCUAAUUCCAGAAUUUAAUACACCGGCUCAUUGGAUGCAUACCGAAGAUAUUUAUGAAGGCAUUUAUAAUACUUAUGUCUUAGAUACCGAUUACAAAUCUUGGGGUCUUAUAAUGCAUUGUGCAGAGAAAAAGAAGCAUCCAAGAUAUUUAUCGGCCUUAUUACUAUCACGAGAACCAACUUUGGGUGAUAAUGUAAUAAAUUUCUUAAGAGAAAAAUUGCCACGCUACGAUAUAGAUCUGUCAUUCAUGUUUCCCAUCAAUCAGACAGCAUGUGAUAAUCUAAUGGAAUCAUCACAAGACGAUCCGUUGGCGUAUAUAGUGAAUGGUCGCAAAAAUGCUAAACAAAUGUUUAAAGUUAUAUUAAAGAAUUAAUAAAAAAACAAACAUCGAGACACUUUAUUCAAAAAGUGCUAAGGGGGUUAGUAGUUUUUGAAUAUAGAGUCUCGAUGUAUUUUACAAUUAGAUUUUAAGUUAAAAAUCUUAAAUCUGAGAUGUAUAUGUAUUUAUGUAUAUAAAAUAAAGUUUGCAGUAAUUUUUUCCAAAGA